AUUCUUGGGCAGCUCGUCAAACGUUCGUGUAGAGGCCAGACGCGAGGAAAACUCUGCUUAUCGAUUACGCACGUAACACACACAUUUCCCCCCGAAGCGAAAGGCCAGUGUCGUCGUUUAAAAGUUACAAACAAUUAAAACCGUAUUUUGGCUGCCGAAUGAUAAUGAAGGUGAUGAUGAGACUGUAAGUGGGCGACAAAAGAAACGAAAGAGACCCACUGGGACGAAGGAAGUGAGAGCCAAAUAAUAAACAGAGAGAACGGCAAGCAAGCGGUCGAACGGGGAGGAAAGAGUGUGAGAGAGCGAGCGAGGAGUCCAAGCAACUAAACCACAAUGAAUCCCUACAAUGCCGGAGGAGGAGGCGCACCCAAUCCCUUUGGCGCGCCAGCAGCGGCAGUACCUGCCUACGGCCAGCAGGGUGGGGGCUAUGGCUAUGAACAGCAGCAGCAGCCAACAGGUGGCUACGACCAGGGCAACUACGGGGAGCAGCAGCAGCAGACGGCAGCUGGAUACGGUCCGGCCGGUGCCAGGCCUCGCGUUGAUGUUGAGGCCACCGGCGAGGUGGAUCCGAAUUUAUAUCCAGAGGCCAAGGAAUCAACGCACAAAAUACGCGGCCAUUCGGACAUCCUGGAAAUGUUCUUUGGCGCGAGCACCGAACGGGAGUUGAUACCGGUGAAGAGCUUCUACUUUUUCUUCUAUGCCGCCUUCGGGUCGCUCUUCCCCCUGAUGGGCGUGUACUUCAAGCAGAUGGGCAUGAAUCCGGGCCAGUGCGGCAUCCUGGUGGGCAUGCGGCCGUUCGUUGAGUUCCUCUCGGCCCCCUUCUGGGGCUCCUAUGCAGAUCGCUGCAGGCAGGGCAAGAAGCUGCUGCUGGGCUCGCUGGCCUGCUGGGUGCUCUUCACCAUCCCGCUGAGCUUUAUCCGCCCGGAAGCCAUCAACUGUAUCGAGCGCCGCAAUGCCACGGACUUUGUGCUAACCUACACGCGCACCAAGCGCGAUCUCUCGGCCAUGUACGACAGGGAUCAGGAUCAGGGUACUAUGCCCGCGGAGGAGGCUCUGGAGGAGGCUGAGGCUGCUCACAGUCGGAGCAAGAGAUCGCUGCUGUUGCCACGAAUCGACGCAGGCAUCUCGCCGGUACACAUCAACUUUGUGAGCAACUACGACGACAAGUACCAUCGUGACUAUGUGACGCCCAUUUUCAGUUCGAUGGUCUACAGGACGCCGGAUAUCCAAAAAGCUUUCUUCCUGCUGCUUCUGGUCAUCCUCAUUGGGGAGUUCUUCAGUGCACCGGCCAUUACGCUGGCGGACUCGGCGGUGAUCACGCUGCUGGGCGAGGAUGCGGACAAGUACGGACAUCAGCGGAUGUUCGGCUCACUGGGCUGGGGCAUAUCCAUGUUCCUGGUGGGCAUUGCUCUCGAUCACUCCACUUCGUUCUCCAACCAUCCGUGCGGGGCGGGCAACAAGGAGAAGAACUACAACAUCUGCUUCUCCAUAUUCUCCGUGCUGAUGACCUGCGCCAUCAUCUCCGCCUCGAAGAUCACCUUCAAGUACGACCCGCUGGACGAGCAGCAGCAGCAGGCCUCUGCACAGUUUGUGGACCCCAACAAGAAGGCCGAGGAGGAGUCGAUGAACCAGCUGGCCGCCCAGCUCAAUCUACCAUCACUGGCAGUAGGUAGCGGCAGCGCCGCCUCAGGGGGCGCCAGUAGUUUCCCGGCCGCCGGCCAUCAGCCACAGCCGCACAUCGGGGCCGAGUCCAAGGUGUUCGCACAGACGGCCAAGGAGCUGCCCGAGUGGAUGACGGUGCUCACGCACUUCAAGGACGUGAAGACGGCCUCGUUUCUGUUCGUUGCCUGGUUCAUGGGCUUCGGCAUUGGCCUGAUCUUCACCUUUCUGUUCUGGCAUCUGCAGGACUAUGGUGGCACGCCCACACUCUUCGGCGUGGCUUCCGUGAUCAAUCACGUGUCCGAGAUCUUUGCCUACUUCUUCAGCUUCCGCCUGAUCACGCAGAUCGGUCACGUCAAGGUCCUUUGCCUGGGCCUAAUCGGCAAUGUCCUGCGAUUCUUGUACAUCUCGUACCUGACCAAUCCCUGGAUGGUGCUCCCCUUCGAGCUGAUGCAGGGCAUCACCCAUGCCGCCGUCUGGGCCGCCUGCUGCUCGUACAUUGCCCACAAUACGCCAAAGCAUCUGCGUGCCUCCGGCCAGGGCGUUCUCCAGGGCAUCCACCAUGGGCUCGGUCGCGGCUGUGGCGCCAUUAUUGGGGGAAUGUUCGUCACCUACUACGGUACUACUGCUACCUUCCGUUGGUAUGGUAUUGCCUGCCUCCUGGUGCUCGGCCUCUUCAUCUUUGUCAACUUCUAUCGCAAGGAGCAGGGCUUCAUCUCGGACAUUCCAGUCACCGAGGAUCCACAUCAGGUGGCCGAGGAAACCUCGCAUCUGGCACCGCACGGGGUGCCCAGCAAUCCUAUACCACGCGCCCUGUCCAACUCCCGACUCAAUGAGAUGAAUCCCAAUGGCGGACCCUACGGCACCUAUCAGACCACAGGCGGCAAUCUGGACAUACCCGGCGCCAAUCCGCACAAUCCAUUCGCGCAGUAAGGAGCUUCUCCGAGCAUCCUCCCAUACAGACAGUCAGUCUCACAGUCUCACUCAUGCAAUCCGAAAAUGAAUGAUCGAAAACGAUAAAAAGAACAGCAACAAAAAAUAUAACCGCAAACAUAUCUUGGACAUUGGCCUGCAAUAUAAAUUGCAUAGCGCAUAACGCUUUAUUUUGAUUUGUUGUGCAAUCAAUAUACGAUCUGCAAAUAGCAUAGCAUAGCAUACAAUAUACAAAACUCGACAUACACACAUAUAUUUUAUAUAGGAAAUACCAUAUACGCAGGGCAGGAAGGCACAUCCACACCCGCAUAGGGUGUAAAUGUUGAACGAUUUAGACACUUUGUAUAGUUUUGAUUCAAUAUUUUCUUUCAAUCAAGACAUUUAGGCAGAUUUUGCAUGCGUUUGUUAUCGUUUCUGAAUUAAUUAACAAUAGGUCAUAUUUUGGGUGAAAUUGCCAUUUAUUUAUUGUCACAGUGAUUACAGUUAAUAAAGCAGAUGAAAUAUGAAACGAAUUUUCGCCUAGCUGCUAGCAAUACAAAAACUUAAGAAAUAUACAUACCUACAAUAUAUAGAAGAAAGUACUGCGCAAUCUAUAAUAUUUAUAGGCCUCUUAUAAUUAAUUUGCAACGCACUGGAAGCUCUAGUCGCCUCCCACCAGUGCAACGUUUUUAGUUGGGCGAUCAUCAAUCAAAUCACCCAUGGAAUCACACAAAUCACACAUAAAGUACCUAUAAAUCGUAUAACACAAAUAACAACAAACAAACAAAAACACUUAAAUAACCGAAAUUAAUUCCAUAAAUCCAUAAAGGAAUAUUUACUAAAUACAAAGUGUAGCGGAAUUAAAAGGUGUCCCUAAAAAAAAACACAUUAAAAACAACCCAAAAAGUUAAACUAAAGAAAGUUAGCAAAGUAGAGAUCAAAUAAAGGGAAACAAAGUACUAGAAACAGAAAUGUUGUAACGAAUGAUAUUAUGAAAAGUCCGCCUCAUUGCAAUCAACUGUUGAAUAUUUUAAUUUGUACACAAAACAA